GUUGACAGUUAUUUUACAAAAUUAUCACACAUACUAAGUACAAAUAUAAUAAACAAGAUCUGUGGUAAUUUAUUAAAUUAACAAUUUUACAUACACAUUUGAACUUUUAUUUUUCAGUUAUUUUUCUUGAUCAUUUAUUUGCCACAACCAAAGUUUGCCCAGCCAUCUUGUUCUAGUUGGUGUCAAGUGUCCCAAUUAAGUUCGAAAGUACAGCAUCUCAGUGUUCUCUUCGAGUCAUUUGAUGCCAGAUUAGCGAUUGAGGGAUCUCGCUAGACCUCCCUUCAACGCACCGCAAUCGCGACAAGGGGCAAGUUUGCACACAAUAUCAGUCGCCUACAUAGUGGCCUCAUUGUCCCCUGCCCUGGUGGUGCAAUGCAUUGUGGGUCUCUGGCUGACACCUAAAAAGUGGAGCAGGUGAAUGAAAAAGAGGCUCAGGUUUCUAUCGGGGGUCUCUUCCUCUCAAUCGGCGCUCCGGAACCGACUUGGACUCCGCGAUGAGGAGGGAAAGCUGCCAGGUGUACAGCAUCUUCGGCCAUGGACGCAGCUCCUCCGAGGUGCAGAAAGAAGAACGGCUUCCGAGCUUCCUGAGGAAUGAGCAAGCACAUCUUGAAUGUUCUUCCUGGUGGCGAUGGGCACUGAGGCUCCUACCUGUAUUCUCCUGUGCUGCUGCCUUCGCCAUAGGCGCACACUACUUGACAUCCCCGCCCUCUUCCAUGUUCUUCCUGGGAUGCAGCGUGGAGUUCCCAAACUUGAGCUUCUCAGAACAACUCGCCAACUACUCCUCAGAGCAGUUCCGAAUGCAAGCUCUCGCUUUAAAGCCUUAUUUCUCAGAACUCUACAAGUCUUCACCAUGGAGCUCAUACUACCUGCGCUCAGGGAUUGUUGCCUUCAGUGAAGGUACAGAAGGCCUUAACGUGUUUUAUUGGAGUCUAUUCUCCGCUCCGGACCAUGUCGCGAUGGCGAUACGACGUUCCAGCCCGGAUUGGCUGCAGCGCAGAUUUUCGGGCAACGAUAAGGUUCUGCGGGACGGCCGACGAGAGCAGCACUACUACUUGGAGCAGGAUGAUGUCACCUUACACUUAUUAGGUCUGGUUCCCGAUGACUGGGAAGAAAAAUCUGACAAGUUUAAGAAUCCAAACAGCCUACUGAGUGGGAAGUGGCAGCUGGGUUUCCAAGCCGUGUCCUUUGACCUGUAUGCCAAACACGGCAUGAACCGCAGCUUGAUUCUGUUGAGUCCCAAGAAGCCGUACUACCAGUGGCGUCUACGCGUGCCAUCAGGUCACGCCGUCCGCUUGGUGGUCCUCUCGCUCCACGGCGGUGCCGCGCCGGGAAGCUGCAGCGCUUAUAAACUGUCGGCCUAUGACUUCCUGCUACCUUUGCAGAAUAAGGUCAUCGCCAGAUUGUGCGGGCUACCUGAGCCACAGGACUCUUUGCCCGCCAUGAGGUUGACGUCUUCAGGGAACGUCAUGCUACUCACCUUCUCUAUCGGCCGGCAGAGGGAAGGAGCUGUCUUUAAAGCGUACUUUCACGCUGUCCCCAAAGCAGGUUGUGGAGGCUCACUGUCCUCAUGGAACGGCUCCAUUUCUUCACCUUACCACCCGGCCCAUUACCCUCCUAAUAUCGACUGCAGGUGGACAUUGCGAGCACCUUUACCCGGGUACUCAAUUUCGGUAACGGUGGUGACACUCGACAUUCAGCGGUCGUCAGAUGGGUGCGAGAAAGACUGGCUGGACGUCGGCGGUGUCAAAAUGUGCAACCAGGUAUCGGACGGUGGUAGAAAGCGCGUCUACUCGUCUCCGCUGUCCAUCCACUUCCAUUCGGAUGAAUCUGUGACUCACCGCGGGUUCUUUUUGCGCUACCAUGCCAUCUCGCCACUGGGCCCUUCAUGCAGACCUGGUGAGGUGUUGUGCAGCAACGGCCAGUGUAAAGCUCAGUGUGGCAUAUGCGCCGACAGCGGCGAAGACGGCGGUUGCAGAAGUAAAUGUUACCACACGUGCGGUAACAAAGCGUGUUUGCCCAAGUCUUCAAUGUGCGACGGCGUGGUGGACUGUAAAGACCGCAGCGAUGAAAUGAAUUGUACUCGAGCAUACCUCAAAGGUUGCACGGCAUCCUCAUAUAAAUGUGCUAAUGGAAAGUGUGUGAGCAAACUCAACCCUGAGUGCGAUGGAGUCAGAGACUGCCUCGACGGGUCUGAUGAGCUGCGGUGUAGUUGCGGCGUGCGUCCCCGGAGGAGGCCCAAGAUCGUGGGUGGCAUGGAAGCAUCACCUGGCUCGUGGCCGUGGCAGGUGAGCCUCCAGAUGGAACGUUACGGUCACGUGUGCGGCGCCACUCUGCUUGCCGCGCGCUGGCUUGUCUCAGCGGCCCACUGCUUCCAAGACUCGGACGCUAUUAAGUACUCUGAUCCACGUGCUUGGCGUGCCUACAUGGGGAUGCGCUCAAUGGCGGCGGGGAAGAGCGCGUCAGCCGCCGCCGCCAGACCCGUCCGACGGAUCGUCCCGCACCCGGAUUACGAUCGUCAAACGUCCGAUUACGACAUCGCACUGGUGGAGCUCGGCGCCCCCGUCUUUUUCAAUGAGUUGGUGCAACCCGCGUGCGCACCUGCGCCCUCGCACACUUUCGCCAUUGGGACAGGCUGCUUCGUCACCGGCUGGGGUGUUCUCACAGAAGACGGGGAACUGGCGUCUCGUUUACAGGAGGCUUCGGUGCGGAUUAUUAACAGGAAGACAUGCAACGAUCUCUAUGAUGACGCCGUCACUCCCAGGAUGCUUUGCGCUGGGAACCUGCAAGGCGGCGUGGAUGCAUGCCAGGGUGACUCUGGAGGUCCUCUGGUGUGUCAGGAACGCGGCCGGCGCUGGUUCUUGGCGGGCAUUGUGAGCUGGGGCGAGGGCUGCGCCAGACAAAAUCGUCCUGGUGUUUACACAAAAGUGGUCAAGUUCGCCGACUGGAUCCACCGGCAGACCCGGGGUCAGGUUUGACCUCACCAAGAACCAAGAAAGUGAUGGAAAACACACAAUAAAACAAACAAACAAAAAUCAACAAAGUGUGUGUUAUUAUUAGAUUAACUCAUAGGCUACAUCGGCGUCAAUGUGUUGUUGUUAAAUGUUGUUGUUCUUUAACUAACUACCACAGCACAUGGCCAAAAUGGAUUGGACGUCUAUCUCCAUCAAUAGUAGCCAAGUGUGGGGCAGAUAUUUGGUGCGUACGUGCAAUUCACCUCGCAGGUUAUAAACAAGUCAAUUGCGCACUUUUGUAUUUUUGCCUUGUGCAAUUAUUCACUGUUAAAUAAUACAAGUGUUAUUGAGAGCCAGUCAAAGUGAUUUAUUUCCCAGU